AUGGGAAAAAUGUCAAGGUUCGUCACUUUCGCCGCGUUUCCAGCGUCGCGCUUUGAACGUUCUCGAUUGCUCGUUUCGAAGACCUGUUCCACAAGAAUGUCAGGCCAAGUUCUCGUGACGGGAGCUACAGGGUUCAUUGGAUCGCAUCUGGUACCGAUGCUAGUGUCGUCGGGCUAUACCGUGCACACGAUUUCACGUAGAGAACCAGAGGCAAAGACACCUGGAGUGUAUCAUCACAUCGCAGAUGUAACCGAUAGUGCUGCAAUACAGCGCAUAGCUUCAUCGUGUGACUGGUUUGCAGUUUUGCACUUAGCAGGAUUGAUCAGUUACACAUCCGCGGACGCCAAAGCUAUGGAGGAAGUAAAUGUCACUGCCACCGCAGUCUUGCUAAAACAUGUUAUUACCCACUCGCCGGCAGCCCGCUUCGUGCUUUGCUCGACAGUGGCCGCAGUUGGAUCCAAUAAAAGCCCGGAUGAGGCCCCAUUAACCGAGGACGCAGCAUGGGACAAAACGGCAGAGAACGUCGGAUAUUUAAGAACGAAAAGGAAGGCAGAGGAGAUUGUGCGAGCAGCAGCGAAGGAUGGUCAGCUGAAGGCCACUGUCCUGUGCCCAAGUAACGUGUAUGGGGCUGGAGAUGCGAGCAAGUCGAGUAGAAAGACACAAGUUAAGGCCGCCAACGGCAAGUGGCCGCUGUACACAAGAGGCGGUGUUAACGUUUUGCACGUGCGGGUCCUUGUAGAGAUGUUCAAGAAAAUAUUGGAAGUGCAAGCAAAUGACCCGAUUUGGAGGGGGGAACGUUGGUUGGUGGUUGGCGAAAACAUAUCUAUCCAGGAAAUGCUCUCCACAUGCGCAGAGUAUGGAGGGAACAAGCGAUAUGCGCCUUGGUUGUGCUUGCCGAUAUGGGUUCUGUGGAUGGUCUGUGCGGUGGGGCAAAUCAUGGGGUCAACAAGCUUCACGUUGGACCGUUUCGCGGUUGCAACCAGGUAUCACUGGUUUAACGGGGCAAAAGCGCGUGACCGGUUUUUACUGGAAAGUGUCUCAGCACGGGAGGCGUUGAAAGAUUCGGUAGAUUGGAUGCGUACGAAAGGCAUGGUCAGUCAACGGUGAUGGCACCGGGCGCCCAGGUCGGUUCCAAGACGAGGACAAAGUGAGUGUCUCUAAUUUUUAUCGGCAACCGUGAGGAGAAUCACCUGUCUUUGGUGCAAUGGCAGGCUCGUUCGAUAAUUUCACUUUGAACAGCUGCGAUGGCGAGCGCAACACAUCGCAAAACAUGUUCGAUAGCGACUUCGUUCAAGGUGCGAAUCUCGACGGGCCAAGAGGUGUUAGUUUCGUUAAGGAGUGCGUCGUCCUGUAACGAAGCUUGCAGCUCGGAUAUCGCGCGUGCGAACGUGCGCGACACCGCGCGCAAUUGAGUGAUACCUAUUGCUGUGACGUCUGUGAUGCGUUCUGCUCGCUCGUUCCAAGGCGCGGUGCGUUGAUCACCCUUCUCAAGACAGCGGAGAGUGCUCGCGCAUAUCUUUGUCGCAAAAACGGCGAGCAACCUGCUGUCAUCGACUAUGAGGUCCGCUCUUCGCUCUGUGGAUGAGCGGCCAUUCUGUUUUGUCUCGUCGAUGACUGCAUUUGCGGCCGAUGCGGCAUGUACAUAGGCAGAGUGGUUUUCCGUGACGCUCGCUUUGGCCAUAGAAUUAACCCUGCGUAGAACAUCGUCCAGAAAGAGUUUGGCAUCUGCCAGCUCGGAAGCAAUGCGUGUGCCUGAAUCCAUAGACUGCCUCAUUUCGUUCUGGGCGUCAUCUCCAAUCUCCUUAAUGCGGGCUACGCAGUCUGCACCGCCGUUUUGUUCGAAAAUGACUUUGAACUGUGAACGCAGCAUGUAGAGGCGGUCUGCAAGCGCGGGGUUUUGGGAGGUACGGUUGUCAGACGUUUCGGCGUUUGUUUGGGGAUGGUGUGGUUGUAAAGCGGGCUGUUCGGCAACAAGCUGAUGAUCGGGUGGAGUUGGUACGGCGUCGACCCAGUUUGCAUGGUGCCGCAUUGCGGCCGCGACAUGCUGUUGGUUGGGCUGGCAACAGGCGAGGGCAAGGCCGGAGGCGGAGUCGUCGAUAGGAAAUUGUGAGCACCAGUCGUGUAGGCUGUAUAAAGUAGGCUCCUUGCCUUCGACGA